CGAGCGUCAUCCUUGCCCUUCGCAGCAUGGCCCACUUCAUUGCGACGCCGCCCAGAUCGAGGCGCUCUACAUAUGCAAUGGCUCUGCCCAGUUCGCUAGCCUUCCGUACUUCACGUCUCUACGGUGACACACGCGGUCCAAAGGUCCUUCAUGGGGCGUUGUUUGUUAUUAUCCCUCUCGUCCACGAGCUGCUUCGCUCGUAGUCCAGUCCAGUGCUCUGCCUGCACAUCCCGGCGCUUCUCCUCCUAACCAACCUGCCAACCUGUCGCAUUCUUCUCGCAAUGCUGCCAGACAAGAAGCGAUCGAGCCACAGGCUCUCCUCGCUGUUCUCCUCGAGCUCUGGCGAUUCCCAGGCGUCCGGCUCCAUCGCAUCCUCCGACUCGACCAGCCGUUUGUCCAAAGUCAAGAACCGCAUCUCCUCUGCGGCCCAUCUCGCGCCCGAAUACCCUCCUCCGCCUCCGCCGAACUACCCGUCCAGCCCCCAGCCCACAAUACAACCUGUCGGAUCCGCGCCUGCCGCCCUUGCGCCCCUCGAGCCUCCGCCGCCCAUCGCCGCCCCGCGCUCUCGAAGCAACUCGCCCGCGCGAUUAGGCAAGAGCCGCCCUGGCACGCCCACCGAGGCAGGCGGCGGACUACUGGCGCCCGUGGAGGGAAACCUGAAGAAACUGAGGCGGAGGAGCAAGCUGUUUGGCAGCGAAGAGAACAGCAGCAAUGAGCGGGUCAACGAGCCCGGCCAGAGCCAGAGCCAGAGCCAGAGCAGCCCUCUGGCUUGGAUCGUCGGACACAAGGGGAAGCUGCCCUACAACCUCACAAUGCUACUCAACGGCGAGAAGGUGCCCGAGUUGUGGGACGACCAAGGUGACACCUUCGUCUACCUUUUCCCGAGAACCUCAAAUAAAGAGCCGUCUUUCCGCAUAGACUCCUCUGUCUACGCCGCCUCCCAAGUCAUGACUCGGCUAGUACACGGAAGGCUGUACAGCGAAUCCAACCUUGGUCCACACGACCUUCCCGAUCGGACCCUUCGCAAUUCCUCCGCUGGCAACUACCCGACCUCUCGAACCGCGUCUCCCGAUGCCAGUGCGCCAGAGGGCAGCUCUGAUGGAUCCAAGGGAUCGCGAGCGCUGAGCGAUGCCACGGAAGAUGACCAUUCUGAGAAGCAUCUCUACAUGCCUAUCGCUUUGAGCACCGAUCAUGCGCCUGUCGUGCCUCAAAGACAGGAACCGAGGCUGUCAUCCAGCGAUAUUGACACGCUAAUCACGUACCGCAACUUCUUCGCUUUCCUGAUUGGCCAGUCGCUCGUCGCAACCCCCAGGCACUCUGAAAUUUUCGACAUCUUCAUGCGAAUAGCAGACGUUCUGCAGCAUUACAGCUUCUCCAACGUUGAUGGCUCUACCUAUGGCGAGGUCGCAGCGUCCAGUUUCGACAGCUACGUCGAUGAGUUGCAUCUCGCGGACGUGAGGCACAGCCGCGAAAAGACCAUCGAGGCAAUCGUACUAGGCGAGAGAAUGCGCUCUAUAACCCUGUAUACAGAGGGUUUCGUCCACGCAGUCGGCAAAUUCGAAAGCAUCAAGGAGCUUCAGAACCCGAAGUUCGAUUUGAUCAGCCACAAGACGAUUACCCGAAUAGCACGAGCGUCCAUGGACUUGGAGAACCGUGAGCAGACUAUCAACAUUAAAUUGAAAGACUUCGAAUUUCCCGCCAUUUUCUCUGGUAUCAUGAACUCAGCUAUGGCCGACGAAAAGAAGCUGGUUCGCUUCAAGACUUGGAGGUCUGCUUUCAUGAGCACUCGGUCUUUCACGCUCGAUUACUACAAGACUAAAUACGGCUCCUGGCUUCCGAAGGCGAAAUCCAAGAAGAACAACCUUACCACGAGCGGCCUUAAUCGUCUGGUGCUCCUGGAUAUGUAUCGCGAUUUGUCCGACCUGUACGAUCUGCUCGUGGAUCGGACCAACCUGACGAACCGUACUGCGGACGGCUUCAUCAGCGAAGACGAAGGUUCGGAUUUCGAGUCGGUUGCGAAUCGGGCACUGCGAAAAGUGCUGAGUGAAUACGACCGCAGCACGCCGCCAGUGCAACCCCCGAUCCCAUUUGAUGUGCCACUGUAUCCCACGCUGAAGGGCAUCAGGCCAGACUAUCCCUCCGGCGAUCAUAAGAAAGAUGCGAAGGCUCGGAGCAAGAAGCUUGGUAAAGAUGAAAUCGUGCGCAUGGUCAAGCACUCGCACAACCCCGAUGCAGAGAAGCCCACGGCCUUUCUAGAGGCCUUCAGACACUUCGAGCAAAAGCAGGUCUCCGGUUGCACCAUGGAAGAAAUGUGUGAGCUUCGAAUAGGGCAGUGGUUAUUCCUCUAUGCUGUGAUCCAGUCGCUGCCCAUGCUUGCUGUUGACGCCCCCGGCGUUCGAUUCACGGAAGGUGUGGAGUACUUCCUCUGCGAAGUGCCUCGGUCCGGCAUACCCUGGGGACGAGAAGACACAACUCGCUCGCGGACUUGGUUUGGUGUUGCUGGAGGCUCGCAAGUUGUUAGCCUCCCAACUGACGUCGUCGAACACGGCGUUGAAGGCGUCUUCCGUCGAUCUCACUGCUGGAAGAUGGCAGAAAAGUGGGCACAGAGCGACCACCUCCUGAACGCAGCCAUGCAAGAACUGAACGCAUCUCCGCUUCCGCCUCCGCCCAACCUCCUCGAUCCGUCCUCUGCAGGCAAUCGAUCGCGCUCAGAGAGCCCUGACCGGCGGCGCGAGAGCGUAAUGAAUCUAGGCCUUGAAGCCCUACCUCUCCCUCCUGGGGUCGCACCUACCGCUGGUUCGCCUGCGCUUCGGCCCGCAUCUUCCAACGAUCCCACAAAAACGUUCGACGCCAUUCUCGGGUCCGCCGCAUAUCCGCCCAAGGACAAGAAGAAAAAGAAAUGAUCAACGACUGCGUUCCGCUCUUUGAAGGCCUCCAGGCCAGAUAAUUCUAGCCAAUAUUACGAUGUACAGGAUGUUGAUGUUGACUGUAAAAAAGUGGUUAUUGCAUUGCAUUGCAUAUGUUUGUUUUCGUUGAUCCAUUCAUCGCGCUGGUGUUCAUAUAGCGUUGGCGGAUUUCUGGAUAUCGCCGCACGUUGAAGACCCUUAGGC